UUCCCCAACUCCUCCGUCAGCCUUUCUUUCCCGCCAGUCCCGGUGCCGGACGCUGUUGCUGCGGGCGCGCUCCCUCCGCUUCGGGGCGGGAGUUGCCUUGGGGUCUUACCUUCUGGUACAUACGCUGGCUGUUAAAGGACAUGAUUCAAACUGUCCCAGAUCCAGUAGCUCAUAUCAAGGAAGCAUUAUCAGUUGUGAGUGAAGACCAGUCUUUAUUUGAGUGUGCCUACGGAACUCCCCACCUUUCUAAGGCAGAGAUGACAGCCUCCUCUUCUAGUGAAUAUGGGCAGACAUCAAAGAUGAGUCCCCGUGUUCCCCAGCAGGAUUGGUUAUCACAACCUCCAGCCAGAGUCACCAUCAAGAUGGAAUGCAAUCCAAAUCAAGUUAAUGGCUCAAGGAAUUCCCCUGACAACUGCAGUGUUGCAAAAGGAGGAAAGAUUGCCAGCAACACAGAAAACGUUGGCAUGAACUAUGGAAGCUAUAUGGAAGAAAAGCACAUUCCACCACCAAACAUGACCACCAAUGAACGGAGAGUUAUUGUUCCAGCAGAUCCCACAUUAUGGAGCACAGAUCAUGUACGCCAGUGGUUGGAAUGGGCAGUCAAAGAAUAUGGCCUGCCUGAUGUGGACAUUGUGCUGUUUCAGAAUAUUGAUGGGAAGGAAUUGUGUAAGAUGACCAAAGAUGACUUCCAGAGGCUAACACCAAGCUAUAAUGCAGACAUUCUUCUCUCACACUUACACUACCUCAGAGAGACUCCUCUUCCACAUUUGACUUCAGAUGAUGUUGAUAAGGCCUUACAAAACUCUCCACGGUUAAUGCAUGCUAGAAAUACAGGAGGUGCAGCUUUUAUCUUCCCGAACACUUCAGUUUAUCCUGAAACAGCACAAAGAAUUACCACCAGGCCAGAUAUACCUUAUGAACAGGCCAGGAGGUCAGCCUGGACAAGCCACAGUCAUCCUACUCCCCAGUCAAAAGCAGCCCAAGCAUCAUCCUCAACAGUGCCCAAAACAGAAGACCAGCGCCCUCAGUUAGAUCCCUACCAAAUUCUUGGCCCAACCAGCAGCCGUCUUGCAAAUCCAGGAAGUGGGCAGAUACAGCUAUGGCAGUUCUUGCUGGAGCUUCUGUCAGACAGCUCCAAUUCCAAUUGUAUCACCUGGGAGGGCACAAAUGGAGAGUUCAAGAUGACUGACCCUGAUGAAGUAGCCCGACGUUGGGGGGAGAGGAAGAGCAAACCCAACAUGAACUAUGACAAGCUCAGCCGUGCUCUCCGUUACUACUACGACAAAAAUAUAAUGACUAAAGUCCACGGUAAGCGUUAUGCCUACAAGUUUGACUUCCAUGGGAUUGCUCAAGCUCUCCAGCCACAUCCUCCAGAAUCAUCCAUGUACAAAUAUCCAUCAGACCUGCCCUACAUGAGCUCCUACCAUGCACAUCCCCAGAAAAUGAACUUUGUUGCUCCCCAUGCUCCAGCUUUGCCUGUCACUUCCUCCAACUUUUUUGCCGGACCCACUCCCUACUGGAAUUCACCAGCUGGAAGUAUAUAUCCUAACACUAGGCUCCCGGCCACCCACAUGCCUUCUCACCUUGGCACUUACUACUAAAGGAAGAAACAAAACAAUAAGAGGACAUUUCUCCAAGGAAUACAAUUCAUUGUAAUGAAUUUUAUUGGAGGAUAUGAGCAAAAAGUGCCUAAAAGACAUGACAAGGUUGACUGGGACCGAAAAAAUGCCAUAUACAAAUGCUUUUUUAAAUAAAAAUUUAAAAAAAAACGGAUUACAGGAGAGUGUUAAAGAAGUUUAAAGAUGCUAUUAUGUAAAAUGUAUGUUGACAUUGAACUUACACAUCAAACAAGGAAAUACUGUUCUAGGUAGAAAAGUAUGUAAUGACAAACUAUAAAAUGGGUUUCAGGAAAAGUUUAUAAGCUUUUGUUUCACAAUUGAUAUGCUAAUGCAUAUCGGGACUCUACUACAGCAAUAUAAGGCUAAUUCUGUUACAGACUAGGAUACAGUAUAUGCAUUAAAAAACUACCCGCAUUUUUUUUUAAAAAAACCAAACAAACCUACAGAACAGUGUCAUAAAUAUUUGUUUUUCAGUGCAGCGGUUUCAGCUGGGGUGAACUUAAAUACAUUCCAUUAUUAAGAGGGAGGGAUCAGCUAUUUCAAAACUGUGAAGACAAUGCAAGCUUUACGAUUCCUUGACAGUGUUAAAGAGCUCUGAGCCAAAUAUUGGGACUGAGAAUGUGCUGAAGGGCAAGUGUGUGAUUGUAGACAAAAGGGCACAUCACACCAGGAAGUCCUCUAGUGCAAGUUCUACUAAAAUGAACUGGACCUGCACAAGAGCCCCUGGGUUGGAUACAUGAAGUGGAAAGGGGUAAAAGAAGGAAUUAGUCAUAAGAGUGAAGGAGAAGACAUAUCCUGUAGAUAUAAGGGGAACUGAAAACUGGACAGUGUUUGAACUAUGAAGAAUUACUUGUUUGGACUUGAGAAAUAUUCUGUUGACUAUUAUGCCAUUUCCAGUAUUAUCAAAGAAAAGACUUGAUUUUUUAUUAAGUCUAAGAAGGGGAAAGUUGUAGUAUCAGAGUAUGCAUCUCUUUAUAAAAUGUAAAACUGGAAUUGUCUGAUAUUUAAAAGUGACGCUUAGGACCUCAUUCUUCUAAGGGGAAUUUGUUUUCUACUGGUUGAAGGUAAGAGACAAUCCCCAGUUGCCAAAGUCUGAAAUCAUAUAGAUAUUUUUGUUAGGCAGCGCCAGUUUUUCUUUUCCGAGUCGCGAACGCUGUGCGUUUGUCAGAAUGAAAUAUACAAGUCAACGUUAUUUUUUCCUUUUUAUAUAAUAAUUAUAUAACUUAUGCAUUUAUACACUACGAGUUGAUCUCGGCCAACCAAAGACACAGAAAGGGACAAUCAGAAAUAUUGUGGCCUUGAAUUUUAACUCUGUAUGCUUCAUGUUUACAUUAUGAACUUAACUAGUACUUAGAAAGCAGAAUGUAUGUAAUAAAAUAAGCUUGGCCUAGCAUGGCAAUUCAGAUUGACACUGUAGUCUGCAUUUUUGUGACUUUGGUGCCAGCUAUGUUUUGUUCAAAAUGCAAUUUACUUUUUUAUUAUCUUCAAAAGUGUUAUAAAUGUGGGCAGUCUUGGAAAAGCUUACAUAGUAAAGCAGGCAUAGGCAAACUCAGCCCUCCAGAUGUUUUGGGACUACAACUCCCAUCAUCCCUGACCACUGGUCCUGUUAGCUAGGGAUGGUGGGAGUUGUAGUCCCAAAACAUCUGGAGAGCUGAGUUUACCCAUGCCUGUGCUAAAGGACAAGGAAAAGGGGGCACAUUACCAUAUUGGCCUGAAGAUAAGCCUCAGUUUUUUCCAAAUUCUGACUGUGAAAAGUUAAAGUGCAUCCUAAAUCUGUGACCUUACAAAAAUGGUUUUUAUAGUAUCGCUGCUCAAACAGACAUAUGGUAAAACGUAAUGGGUGUGAGUGCCUGUAGAAUUUUAAGGGAGCAGCUUAUAUUUGGGUAUUGUCUCUCUCUCCCCCCUUGAAUUUUAAAGGUGUGGCUUAUAUUUGGGUGCAGCUUAUAUUCGGGCCAAUACGGUAAUUGUUGAUUCAUUUUCCAUGCAGUCCAGCUGUAGCAGUAUUGAAUGCAAUUCAGCAGGUCAGAGGUUUGGAUUGACAGAUGUUCUAAAAAGGAAUAAUGUUAUUUGUCAUCUGCUUUUAUUAUUGAGUUUAGACCUAGAAACACUACUAGUGCUAGAAAAUUUCUUCAUGUCCAAAUCAAAAAGAGUGCUAUGAGCUUGUGCUCAUCAGCAGUCCUUAGCCAGAGAAUCAGUGUCUGAUGUUCCACUGUAGCAUAUCACCUAGGGCAACUUAUUGAGUUGAUUGAUUAAGUUGAAUUGCAACUUAUUAACAAACUUAAAACCAUGAAGAGACCUGGUCUGAAUAGAGACAUUGGGUUCUUUUCUCAUUAUACAUGAUAAAGCUAUUUUUAGCCAUCUCACCCCUUGCUUUCCCCUGUAAGACCAAUUGCAGUCGUUAACAGUCGUCAACAGGUUUACCACUCCUAUCAGCCAAUCACCCAUUCCCACCACCCUUCUGAGUAAUACCCCUCCCCACCCUCUGACUAUACAUAAGGGUCUGGUGACUUCUGUAUCAGUAUAUCUGAAGAAGUGUGCAUGCACAUGAAAGCUCAUACCAAUGACAAACUUAGUUGGCCCCUAAGGUGCUACUGGAAGGAAUUUUCUAGUUUUGUUUCGACUACAGCAGACCAACACGGCAGACCAACACCUACCUGUAACUAGAACCUAGGGCAGCAAAUCAAGAGAAAGGGAGAAACCAGGACCAUUUCAGCAAGGAACUGUUCUAGACUAAAUAUAGAAACAGACUCAGCACUAAUUAUUCUUUCUUUAAUGAAUAUGGAUACAUUAUCUGAAGCCACUGAGCAUUCAAAUCCUAAGGGUGGAAUUAGAUGGUACAGAGAAUGCAUGGCUGCCCUCACAACAAGCAGACCCACAACAAAGCAUGGGGGAAAGUGUUCUGUGGUGUCAUUGCUCUCUCGAGUUUCCCCACUCCAUUUCAUUAACUGCUGAUUGCAACCAUUGGGAAACUUUGAAUGUGAUGAUAUCAUGUUGUCUAUUUUGUUUUACUGGACAUUAUCAGGGAAAAGGGAACAAAGGAGUCAGGCUCCUUCUGAAAACAACCAGCCAUGCAUUCAUAUGUCAAUUUCCAUACUAGAGAACCAAAAUACUUUUGAAUCAGAACACUACACACACACACACACACACACACACACACACACACACACACCGCACACACACCGCACACCUGCUUCUUAACCUCCUUGUUCCUAAACCAUCUUUCUUGCCUCUCACCAAUAGUAUACAACCUCCUCUGUUCCAAAUCCUCAUUUUUUUAAUAUAAAAAAUUAUUUGCCUAAACCAGCUAAUAGGAAGGAACCAGCCAGUAGAAGGAAGGUUUUAAAGGGACCAAAUAUAUUAUUAACUGUCAUUUCUUUUACUGAGUUUAAAACUUGAAAAUUUGCGAUAUUGAACCAAUCUUUCAACCAUCUCUUGAAAUAUUAGAAUGUGCAAUGUGCACUGUAUCAUCAUGCUUAACUAAUGAAGAAAUUCAGUUAUUCAUGUUUAAAAUUCAACAAGCAACAGGCUUUAAUCAGGAUGUUUAAAUUAAAUUUAGACCAGAAUUCUCUCUACAUGUGGGACUUGCAUCUGAUAUUUGUGAGUGCUAUUAGAAUUUGGAAAGCCAGGUGAUAGCUCCUUCUCUUGCUUUCCCACUGAAAUGACACAGUCCUACCUGAACUUCAGCUUUGUGUAAACCUAAUUCAACAGCAUUGGUUCAUGUUUCACCUUCUGCAUUAAGAGCUAAUUUUGUACUUAUUCUGGCCCUAUAGUUCCUCAGUUUCAAAGCCUAUUAGCUUUGUAUUGUAUCUUAUUAAAAUGAAUGGAUGGAGAAUUUGCCUGGACAUUCAUGGCCGAGAGGGCAAUCCUAUACCUGCUUAUUCAGAAUUAAGCCCCAUUGAGUUACUUGCUCCCAGGUAAGUAUGUAGGCUGGCAGCUUAAUUGCUUCUGUUACCUUUAAAUUGCAUCUUAAUAUGACAGCAUUAUGUUACUAAGAAUUGUGCUGAAACUUUUCACUGUACCAAAAUGCUUUUUCUAAAGAAAAUAAAUAAAUUGCUUUCUGUUUGUUUUGUUUUUAAAAAAAACCCUGACAUUUUAAAUAGCUAAUCUUAUGAAACUUGAAAUC